AUGGAGAAGUCUCAUCCCACCCUGAAUGACAGCUUCCCUGUGGCCACUUCUAGAAGCUCCUGGUCCCUGUCCAAGUACGAGAUGGCAGAGCAGCACCUCAGCAGGGCUCACUGUAUCGGGGUCCAUGGUCACAAAGGGUACCAGUUCCAAAAUUGGGCAAAGACCUAUGGCUGCUGCCCUGAGAUGUACUUCCAGCCCACAUCCGUGGAGGAGGUCAGAGAGGUGCUGACCCUAGCCCGGCAGCAGAACAAGAGGGUGAAGGUAGUGGGUGGUGGCCACUCACCCUCCGACAUCGCCUGUACGGAUGGCUUCAUGAUCCACUUGGGCAAGAUGAACCGGGUCCUCCAGGUGGACAAGGAGAAGCAGCAGGUCACGGUGGAGGCCGGCAUCCUCCUAGCUGAGCUGCAUCCGCAGCUGGACAAGCAUGGCCUGGCCCUAUCCAACCUGGGGGCAGUGUCUGAAGUGACAGCAGCUGGUGUCAUUGGGUCUGGAACACACAACACUGGGAUCAAGCAUGGCAUCCUGGCCACCCAGGUGGUGGCUCUGACCCUGAUGACAGCUGAUGGGACCAUUCUGGAAUGUUCCAAGUCCAUCAACCCAGAGGUGUUCCAGGCUGCAAGGGUGCACCUGGGCUGUCUCGGUGUCAUCCUCACUGUCACACUGCAGUGCGUGCCCCAGUUUCACCUGCUGGAGACAUCUUUCCCCUCAACCCUGAAGGAGGUCCUCGACAACUUGGACAGCCAUCUGAAGAAAUCAGAAUACUUCCGUUUCCUCUGGUUUCCACACAGUGAGAAUGUCAGCAUCAUCUACCAAGAUCACACCAACAAGGCCCCCUCUUCUUCCACCAGCUGGUUUUGGGACUAUGCCAUUGGAUUCUACCUACUGGAGUUCCUGCUCUGGACCAGCACCUUCCUGCCAUGCCUCGUGGGCUGGAUCAACCGCUUCUUCUUCUGGCUGCUGUUCACGCGCAAGAAGGAGAACAGCCACCUCAGCCACAAGAUCUUCACCUAUGAGUGUCGCUUCAAGCAGCAUGUCCAGGACUGGGCGAUCCCCAGGGAGAAGACCAAGGAGGCCCUGAUGGAGCUGAAAGCCAUGCUAGAGAACCACCCCAAGGUGGUGGCCCACUAUCCUGUGGAGGUGCGCUUCGCCCGUGGAGAUGACAUCCUGCUGAGUCCCUGCUUCCAGAGGGACAGCUGCUACAUGAAUAUCAUCAUGUACAGGCCCUAUGGCAAAGAUGUCCCACGGCUGGAUUACUGGCUGGCCUACGAGACCAUCAUGAAGAAGUUCGGGGGCAGACCCCACUGGGCCAAGGCCCACAACUGCACCAGGAAAGACUUUGAGAAAAUGUACCCUGCCUUCCCAAAGUUCUGUGCCAUCCGCGAGAAGCUGGACCCCACUGGGAUGUUCUUGAACCCCUAUCUGGAGAAGGUGUUCUACUGAAACAAGCUUCCCCCCCCCACAUACACACAACUGUCCCACAUCCACCACCCAGUGGGGACAGACCUCCUCUCCCCACCCCACGGGAAUGAGCAGGGCUCUGGGUGGAGCCUCUGCUCCCUUCCCCAUCGGUCAUUCUCACCUCACCUCUUGCAGCCUGGCACCUUGUCCGUGAGCCCCGCCAUAUCUUACAAUCACCACA